CUAUAAUUCCUCUGAUUAGCUAAGUCCAAAUUUCUACCCUCUGCGUGACGAGCCCCGGCUUUAUUAGGGUUUCUCGAAAUUCAAUCUCAAGCUCAUUCAUGGACCAUCAAUGGCGCCCAAUACUUCCUCCUGAAGGCAAUAUCUGCCCCAUUUGCUCCGCUCCUCACUUCCCAUUUUGCCCCCCCCAAACCCUUCCUCCUUAUCCUACGUACAACCAAAACCCUAGAUUCCCACCACAUCCAAAUUAUCCACCACACGACCCGUACCAUGCGGGUAUGCCUAACCAGUACGUGGACAAUCCAAACGACGGGUGGCACAGAAACCAGAGUUUUGAUUACAGGGGAGGAUUUGGGCUGUCAGUGUAUGAUUACAACAAUAAUAAUAGCAAUAGUAGUAGUAAUGGCUAUAUUGGUGAGGUAGAUGGGAGAUUUAAGCGGCCUAGGGUUGAUGAGGUUGGAUCUACUUUGUAUGGGCACGAUAAUAACCAAAAUCCGGCAAACUUCUUAUCGGAGGAUGAGCGUAGAUUGAAGCUGAUACGCGAUCAUGGCGUUGCUUUGAGUGGGGAUUUGACGAAUGUUAGUUAUGGUUCGGAUUUCAAUGCAAGUUAUGGUAGGAAUGUAGAUAUGAAUAAUCACUUUGAGUGUUCGAGGAACGGGGAGCCUAAUCGUUUACAGAAUGAUGGGAGUGCCAUGUACAGUCCUUUCCAUCCAAAUGCUCGAAUGCAGCAGUCGCGCGAAUCUCAGAGUCUGCCUUAUCGAGUCCCUGAAGUUCGUAACGCGCAUUAUGGUGAUCUUAGUUUGGCACAGAAUCAGUUUAAUGAAUCAAUGUCAGCGAAGGGACCUCAUUAUUCUCAUAUGAGUAACUGGCAGGAAAAUCAGCCAUCGCAAUCUUAUGGAAUGCCUAAUUAUUUGAGACCUGAUUAUCAAACCCCUGGCCACGGUAUGAACGAGCCAGGAGGUUACUUGCCUUGCCCUGAAAAUAGGGUAAUCGGUGGUCAACCUCCUCCUCCACCUCUUCCUGCUUCACCACCGCCUCCUGUUCCAAUGGAACGUUUUAAAGCCUACUCUUCGCCACCAAAAACUUCCUUGUUUCCAGUUCCUAUUAGUUCCUCAGCAAGCAAUUCCUACUUGCAAAAUAAGCCUCUUUCACAUGCUUCAACUGCCUUUUCUUCAGAGGAAUGGCAAACAUCGUCUCUGCCAAAGCAGCUAUCUCCAGAUAAGCCAACAAUCAUUGAUGCUUCCCAAUUGUUUAAGCAGCCUUAUCGGGCUGCCCGUCCUGAUCAUAUUGUGAUAAUCCUACGAGGGCUUCCAGGUAGUGGUAAGAGCUACUUGGCAAAGAUGAUGCGUGAUCUUGAGGUUGAAAAUGGUGGUAAUGCCCCACGAAUUCAUUCAAUGGACGACUAUUUCAUGACUGAAGUUGAAAAGAAGGUUGAGGACAGUGAUGCUUCAAAAUCUUCUAGCUUGGGUAGAGGCAAGAAACUAACUAUGAAGAAGGUCAUGGAGUAUUGUUAUGAACCCGAAAUGGAGGAGGCUUAUCGAGACAGCAUGUUGAAAGCUUUCAAAAAGACCCUUGAGGAGGGAAUCUUCACGCUUGUUAUUGUGGAUGACCGCAAUCUGCGGGUAGCUGAUUUUGCUCAGUUUUGGGCAAUUGCAAAGAGAUCUGGCUAUGAAGUUUACAUAUCAGAAGCUCCAUAUAAAGACCCUGUGGGCUGUGCAGCUAGGAAUGUACAUGGUUUUACACUAACUGAAAUAAAGGACAUGGCUCGGCAGUGGGAAGAAGCUCCGGCAUUAUACUUGCAACUGGAUAUCAAGUCAUUAUUCCACGGUGAUGAUCUGAAGGAAAGUGGAAUUCAAGAGGUUGAUAUGGAUACUGAAGAUGAUGAUAAUCCACCUGGACUGCUGGAAAGAAAUACUGAGAAGGCCAUACCUGAACUCUUGGAGGAUAAUCUGCCUCAGGUUCCUCCAAAAGAUGGGAAGAGAUGGGAUGCUGAAGAGGACCAUUCUGCACAAGGAGUGAAAGAAUUAGGUAAAAGUAAAUGGUCAGAUGAUUUAGAUGAAGAUGAUACAGAAGGGUAUGAAAGAAUGAAGGGCAAUUUAAAUGCUCUUUCUGGGUUAAUUCAAGCAUAUGGAAAGCAAGGAAAAUCCGUGCGUUGGAGCGACCAGGUUGGCAAUACUGGUUUUUCUAUAGGUGCAGCAAAGGCAAAUGUGCGGUCUUUAGUGAUUGGACCAGGUGCUGGAUACAAUUUGAAGUCCAACCCAUUACCCAAGGAUGGAAGCCUAACAUCAACCCAUAGUAUGGGCGAGUCGAGGAGACAGAGCACUUUCCAAGAACGACUCCGAGCAGAACACGAGUCCUUUAAAGCUGUUUUUGAUAAGAGGAGAAGACGGAUAGGGGGACUUGAUUUAGAGGAGGAAUAAUAAUAUAUGUUGUGAUUCUAUGCUCAAGCAGUUUUUGAUGUACUUAAUUUUUUGUAUUCUUUGCAGGUUCCUUGCUGUUGUCUGUAAUUAUUGGGUUGAGGAAAAAAAAUAGUGGUCAUUUCCUGCAUGUGUAAUUUAAACAAAAAACAAAACUAUUCAAUUGGUAGAAAUAAAAUAUUUUAUCUACCACCA